AUGGCGUCGAUCUCCAAUUUUAAGCAUUUCUCGAGAACAACCCCAUGUCUUCUAUGGCGAUCCAGAACCCACAUUUUCUACAUCUUCUUGCUCCUCCUGUCACUCUUCUUCUUCUUCUUAACUUCCUUCAACCAGCGUUCCCCGUUAGCUUUGGCCUUGGCUACCCGCCUUCGAUUUGCCGCUAACUACCUCGCAUCCUUCACCUCCAUUUCCUCUUCCAACACCUGCAUCGUCUCGGACGUCAGAACCAACUGCACUCUCUCCUCGGUCACCGCCGUCGAAAGAACCAACAACGUGAUCAAAGACCUUAGUUCUUGCGACAUCUUUAAUGGAAACUGGGUCUUGGACGAUUCCACCCCUGCUUAUAUUCCUGGGUCUUGCCCUUACGUCGAUGAUUCCUUUAACUGCUUCAAGAACGGCCGGGUCGAUUUCAGUUACGUUAGAUACCGGUGGAAGCCUUUCGAUUGUCAGAUUCCGAGGUUCAAUGGGAGGAAAAUGCUGGAGAUGUUGAGGGGGAAGAGGCUGGUUUUCGUGGGAGAUUCUUUGAAUAGGAACAUGUGGGAAUCACUGGUGUGCUCGUUGAGAGAAUCGUUGAGAGAUAAGAGACGACUCUUUGAAGUUUCCAGCAGGAACGAGUUCCGGACUCAGGGGUUCUUUUCUCUCAGAUUCUCAGAUUACCAGUGCACAAUAGACUUCAUCAAAUCACCAUUCCUAGUCCAAGAAUGGAAAAUCUUCGAUAACAGUGAGAUCAGAAGAGAAACACUGAGGCUUGACAUGAUUCAGGGUUCCAAGUACAGUGAUGCCGAUAUAAUAGUAUUCAACACUGGCCAUUGGUGGACUCACCAAAAAACUGGCAAAGGCAAAAAUUACUUCCAGGAGGGCAGCCAUGUCUAUGACAGAUUGGAAGUAAAAGAAGCAUUUACAAAGGCAUUGAGAACAUGGGCACAAUGGGUUGAUACCAACAUUGAUAGAAAACACACCAGGGUCUUCUUUGCAGGAUACUCCUCUUCUCAUUUCAGGAAAGGGCAGUGGGAUACGGGCGGGAACUGCCAUGGUGAAACAGAGCCAAUAUCAAAUGAGACAAGCCUUGCACCAUAUCCAUGGAUGAUGAGCAUCCUGGAAUCCGUAAUAUCGGAAAUGAAAACACCGGUAUUUUAUCUCAACAUCACCAAGAUGACGGCUUACAGAAAAGACGGCCAUCCUUCGAUUUAUAGGCCGCUAGAGAUCCCAAGGACUCCGACCAUGUUCCAGGAUUGCAGUCAUUGGUGUCUCCCUGGUGUUCCAGACUUUUGGAAUGAACUUCUCUAUGCUGCACUGCUAACGUCAUUUCAUUCUCAAUUCUGA